ACGAGGCUAUAUAACCGCAUCGCGGCGCAAAGCCCAGAACCCUACCCUCCUCUGCUUCCGCCAUCUCACCGCCAUGGAGCCGACUGCUGCGACCGCGAGCCCCGGCGCGGCAAGGAAGCGGCGGCGGCGGAGCCGGUCGCCGCCUCGCGAUGGAGAGGGACCAAGCGAGCCCAAGUCCGCCAGGCCCCGCUUUGGCGGCGGCGGCGGCGCCAGGGGUGCGUGGGAACACCUCGACCUCGUCCUCUCCCUCCAGGGCAAGGACCUCUCGCUCGAAAGAAAGAUUGAGCUAGCUGUUGAAUUUUUAACCACACAAUCAAAUAACUCAAGCCAUGGCCAUAAGGUGCACAGCAUUCAUCUAUCACGUCUGGUGUCAUUUAUUGGAAGCUGGGUGCAGUCUAUCUUAAUUUUUCCUGAGAAUAGUAAAAAGAUGUCACAGCCCUUUGAUCCAGCAUUGGAUAGUAGAUGCUGGGUAAUUCUGAGAGUUUGUAUUGAAAAGAAGCCAUCCAUCUCAAUAUCCCUGAACUUACUUAAGUCACUUAGUCGUGUUGCAAGACAUGGUUUGAGCAGAGUUGAUAGCAACACGUCAUGUGCUGGCAGUGAAUCUUUCGAGCUCUUCGAACGAGUUUUAGACUGCAUGUCGUCGCUUUUCUCCUCCAAUACAAGAGCUUUCUUCAAUGCAGGCUUGGAUUUGUGGACCUCUUGUACCAUUGAGGUUAUAAAUCUUGCCCAAAAUGGUGCAGCUAAUGAGAAGAGUUGCUGUCCUGUUCUUCAGAAUCUUGCAAAUUGCCUCCUUGGGCAAUUUUCAAGCUUCCUGAGAUUUUAUGCAAAUCCGAAGAAUAUUUUCCAUGCAUUUGUUGAUAGGAAUCUUGAGCCAUUGUUGGAACUGUUAGUUUUACUUAAUUCACAAGAAAAUUCCAACAAGCACAAGCAUGCAGGAGCCAUGUUGAAAAUUGUUGAAGAUGUUUUGUCAAAUGGACUGUUUCAUCCCCAACAUCUUAGUGGAUAUUUUGAUCUCAAGAGUUUGAAUAAAACUUCUGCUGCCAAGGAUAUCAAAGGAAGCUACCAUAGACAUCUAUUUGAGCGAUUCAAAGGAAUAAUAGCAGAAAACAAGGCUGUAUUGCUGGCCGGGUUUGGUUACUUGCUUCAACUGUUUGUUAGCAGAGCGAGAAAUCAAAGAACUACUUUAACACCAAGCAGAAUAGCUUUGAGUAGGGUGCAAAAAAGUAGUGAGGGUUCUGAAGAACCCCAACAGCACAGAGAAUCACUUUUUGAAGUGUUUAUGCUGUUUAUGGAACCCUUGAUGUUACAGUGUAAAUCAUAUUCACAAAAGGAAUUUACAGAUUUAGGGGUUACAAGGCUAGUAGAAGUUCAUUGCAUGCUAAAGUCCAUUAAUGUGAUGCUGACAACACUUAUUGAAGAGAAGAUCUAUGUACCUACAGAGGACACGUCAGAAGGAUCUUACUUCAACUUCUUGCAAGAUAACUACACGGUCUUAAUCUCAAUAUCUGAAAAGAUUUACAAAUUCUGGGUAUCGGCUGUGCAUCUGGAAGACGUAAGCAUUAAGAAGAUAGUGCCUUUAAUGUUUGCCGAGAUUAUUGCUGCAGUUGGCCAUUUUUUAGAAAUUGAGUACAAGGUUCUGGGGGAUGACCUCGUGAAGUUGUGGUUAAUGAUUUUUGCUUUGUCUGCUAUCAAUGCAUCUUCCAAGGACAUCAAAUCCUGUUUCCUGCUAGCUUCAAAGAUUUCAAGCCUUUCAUCUCAAGUGAUUUGCACAUUCAGUGAGCUUCGUCAGGUUUCCCGCUCGAUUUUUAGGCUGUGCGAUGCAGUGAGAACAUUCAGGGCUGGUGGCCCUGAUGCAGUACAGGGCACAUUUUCUGUGGCUUCUUUAUCCUCGCAGACAUGUUUGGAAUCAUUGACAACAUUGUUGAGUUCUGAAACAUUGAUGGGUGCUAUCCGUACUUCAGUAAAGUCAAUGCCGGAAGGACAAUCUAGUCGAUGCAUAGAUGAGCUUACACUAGAUCUCACAGAAACAUUGAAAUGGAUGAGAGGGCGCAGCAUUGAAGAUGAUUUGAAAGAACAGGGUGAGUCCCCCUCAAUUGCUGGGAAGUCCGUUUUCGAUCAGAAAGUUGAACUUCUAGGUAGGCACUUAUCUGAACUAUACACUACUGUUCUUGAUUCAAUGACUGUCACAGCUUCAAAUAGUACACUGGUAGGAAAAUCUGUUGAAAGGUUGGUCAACGCAAUCCAACCAAACUUCAGUCACUUGGUCAGAAAUGAAUCAAACAGCUUAAGUGAAUUCGUUUCUUCAGUUAUGGGAAAACAGAUGUCUAAAAAAGAACAUGCCAGAUGGCAGAAGAUCCCAAGUUUUUCCUUGAUUUUUGUCCUUUUCUUCCGUCUAUAUAUAUCAUGUAGAAGUUUGUAUCAGCAAUCGAUUGGCCUCAUGCCUCCAGAUGUAGCUGCAAAAGCAGCAGAACAAGUGAAGAGUCCGUUCAUUGUGUGCUCAGGAAAAGAAUGGACCAAUCCAGCCAAUAUUCUCGGGGAAGGUUAUUUUGCUUGGAUUGUUGAAAGUUCGAGCUCCCUUUUGGAUGUUAUUGAGAGUUUAUCAAAAUCUCUUUCAAGAAAUUGUUCUUCUUUUGCUCCGCUUGUUUACAGCUUUCAUGUGAUGGCUAUGCAGAGACUCAAUGACCUUAACAGGCAGAUUAAGGCAUUUGAUUUUUUGCUUGAAGAUGGUGCACAGCAACUUGAUAAGGAGGAUAUAGGAAACACUCAACUAUUAAAGGAGUCUUGCAGUCUCGAGGCCGCUCGACUGACCAGUUUUAUGAUGAGUUAUGUGAGGUUAUUAUCUUCAGGAGAUAAUGACCCUUUUGAGUGUUAUGAAAUUAUUGGUUCCUGGGAUUUGAGCGUAUGCUCUUUAAAUGAAGGUUCUUUUCCUAUAGCAACUUGGCAGCUUCUCUGCGACAACAUUGAUAUUUGGAGCUCUCAUGCAUCUAGGAAGGAUUUGAAGAACUUCUUUUCUAAUCUGAUAAGGUUUUCUUUUGUUCAAAAGUGGUCUUGCACAGAUACGGAGGAGAAUAUUGGCACUCUAUCUUCAUACAGAAAAAUCAAUUUGCGUAAUAUUUCGGUGGGGCUCCUUUGCGAUACUAUUAUUUAUGAUAAAAAGGUACUCUUGAAGAAUUUGGCAUCAAGUUUUUGCCAUGCUUUGAAGAAAUCGAUAUCUUCUUUUGUCAACAACUCUGAUGAAGAUAACGCCCUGUUGGACUCCUCGCCUGAUUUGAUGGAGAUUAUAUGUAACCUGGAAAAUGAGAAGUUGAUUGGUACAGAUUCUGAUGCCACACAUGCCCAUUGCAUAGACAAAUACUGGAUCUGUGAGAAUUUACUUAAUUUCUUGAGUACAGUUCCUGGAUUUCAUGCAAAAUCCAAGUCAUUCCUACGGCUUAUAAAUUAUAUUCUCCAUUUUGAGAGACUCCUGCUACUGAAAUUGCUAGGUCGUCGCUGUGAAUUCUGCAAUCCCAUGAAGCUACUGCAUUUGUUUAUAUGCUGUCGUAGGGCAAUGAAAAAUCUCAUCUUGAAAUUUGGUAAAGAGCGCCCAGAUUCAAAGCAAUACUUGGCCUUAUCAAAAAAAUUUGGUAACUUGUAUUCCCUGGUUUGGUUCUUGAGAUCUGUUCAGGAAAUUGUUGGUUCAUCACAUAAAAUAUUUGAUGAGUGUACUGAUGAGGUGAAAAAUACCAUAUUCUCCUUGGUAAAUAAGACAUCAGAAUUAUUUUCUACACUAGCUAAUUUGAAUUCGAUAAUUUGCUUGUUGGGUUACAAGAAACAAAUUAAAUCUUCCCUGACUGGCAGCCCUAUCGAAAGCAACACUUCAGAACAUGAUGAACAGACAUUUGAUAUAGUAGAAAAUUCAGCCUUGGAGUGUGUCAAAAGUAUGGCUGAACUGUUACAGAAGACUACAACUGUCAUACCUGUAACUGUAAAGGAUAGCAAGUGUGUUAUCAAGUUAGAAAAUUGUCGUAACACGGUAUGUUGGAAUAGAUUGUCAUGCACCAUGUCUUGCAUAGGUGGAUUCUUGUGGGGUCUCAUUUCAGCAUUAGAAAGCACAUUAGAAAAUUAUCCAAUAGCAAGCUUAGAGGAAAGGAAAAUGAUGCUUCAGUAUUAUUCCAGAUUUAGCACGUAUAUUGCUAAAUUUGAGACCUUUGUAGACAUCUGCCUUCAUGUGUUGUUUAUGGGUAACAAGGAUUCUGGCUCUGUUGAUUUAAUCUCUGUUCGUCUUCCACAAGAGCUGGAUUGUGAGAAUGGUUUUCUGAAUAUUGAUGCAGCCAUGGAUGAAUGGAAAAAGUAUGAUCUAAAGGAUAACGAGUUUCCUGCCCAUUCAAAUGGCAUAUCCGGGGUUUCAUGUGAAAGUCAUGGUUUUGAUCUGUCUAAUAUACAGUCUAUGCAAAAUUUCCAUUUGGAAAACCUUUUGAAAGGUGAAUGUCCACUCAUAGCAUUAACGUUGAGGGAGGUCUAUAAUGUAUCUGCUGCUAUUGUUAAACUUCAUGGCACCCUAUCCUUUCCAAGCAAUAAUUCUAGGCAGACAUGCAGCCCUGCCCGACAGCUUUCAUUGGGCACAAUGGUUGGGACAGCUUUUGUCACUCUACAGAAAAUUGCAGACAUGUCUAGCUGGCCACACAUGUUUUCUCUUGUAUGGAUUGAUGGGGUAUUAAGAUAUCUUGAAGUUUUAGUAAGUGCUUUUACAUUGCCUGAGCUCAACAUCUCAAUAGAACUGUAUACUCAGAUAGUACAUACCCAUUUGAGGGCUAUUGGGAAAUGCAUCUUACUUCAAGGAAAGAAUGCAACUUUGCCUACCCAUGAGAUUGGCUCAAGUACAAAAACACUUCAAUUACAGAAUGCAUCUGGUUAUGUUUUUCCUAAAGAUUUGGUCGUCAGGCAGAAUUCAUUGAAAUCGAGACUUCGACUGUUACUUAGAAAAUUUGUCAAUAUUGCAUCAAACACGCAUCUAAAUGCAGCUAUACAAGUCAUUGAAAGGGCAUUGGUUGGAGUGAAUCAGUAUAGCCAUUCGAUAUAUGAAGUUUACACUGGAAAUCCUAAUGGUGGGACAGUUUCUUCUGAUGUUGCCGCUGGGAUCGAUUGCCUCCAUCUGGUUCUUGAGUUUGUACCAGGAAACAAGCGUGUUUUUAAGAGAACUGUCCCAGGCCUAGUUGGUGCUUUAUUCAACAUUGUUCUACACCUUCAGAGUCCACUCAUUUUCUACAUUGAAAAGCUACCACCUCACUGUAGUGAGUUCCAUCCAGAUGCUGGAGCCGCUGUUCUAAUGUGUGUGGAGGUUAUCACAUCAUUUGUGGGGAGACGUUCUUUUCAAAUUGAUGCAUCCCAUGUUUCCCAGUGCCUGCAUGUUCCUGUGACACUUUUCAAGGGCUUCAAACAUCUUCUUUCUUGUCGGAGUAUACCACGUUCUUCGGCAAAAUAUUGCAACCAAAGGACACAACAGCAUGCAGAUCAUAUUGAAUAUAUACUCGAUAGACAAUUUUCAGUUGAUCUCUAUGCUGCAUGUUGCAAGUUGUUAUGCACUACUCUUCGGCACCAACAACGUGAGGUUGGGCGGUGUGUGUCACUCCUGGAGGAUUCAGUAAGCAUACUUCUCGGUUGUUUGGAGUCUGCAGAUUCCAAGAUGAUUAACAUGGCAGGAUGUUUUGCUUGGAACAUGGAGGAGGCAGUAAAAUGUGCUUCCUUUUUCAGAAGAAUUUAUGAAGAGAUGCGUCAGCAAAGAGAAAUUCUAGGAAAGCACGCCAUGUACUUCCUUGCCGGUUAUAUUUCCAUGUUUUCUGGACAGGGUCCAUUUCAGACAGGGAUAACACGAGAAAUUGACGAAGCCUUAAGACCUGGUGUGUAUUCCCUGAUUGAUAUAUGUGAGGAAAGUGAUUUUCAACAGCUCCACACAUAUCUGGGUGAGGGCCCAUGCCGAACCACUCUUGCUGAUCUGGUGCAUGACUAUAAAUUACACUUCCAGUACCAGGGAAAGAUCUAAUGCAGCCUGUUAUUGAUUGUUGGAGUUGGUGUCAUGUUUUGGGUGGACUAAUUUGGCUUAAUUGCUUUGCACCGACAUUUGAUCAAGGAGAUAUAUGGUGGCCACAAAAGAUUUAAAGCUUAUCGAAUCAACUGUUGGUAUCCAUAACAUAUGAGAAGGAACAAAGAAGAUCAUCCAUAAGGUCUGUAGCUGCCUGGUGCUGUUCCAUAAAUUAACUUGGUAAUAUUAAGCACAUGUUGAUGUUUAUAACUCAGGGGUAAUAUAUAGCAUGCUUAUCCUUGACUAAACCAGUAUUUUUGAAGCCACAUUCAGUAUCACUACAAUUGAAUUCCUUUUCCCAAGGCACUUAACAACAGUAAGGUAAUAGGGUAGUUAUGAUCUAGUGGUGUAUCAUUGUUUUGACUACCUCAUAAGACUUGACCGAUCAAAGCGUUGUAAUGUUAAAGCUUGAAACAGAUCAUAAUUGGCAAAAGAGAAUGUGAAAGUUGGUGUCUAGGUAAUCUCUUGAUUAAGUAAAUUUACAAAUGCUUCUGGUGCAAUCCAACAUCAUAUUUAUCA